AUGGCAAACGAUAUCAUUCCAGCAGGUUUAUCAAAAUCAAAGCGAGAUGCUUUGAUCGCCAAUGCAGAUGCCGAAUUAUUGGCAACUUUGGGUUACAAACAAGAAUUCAAACGUGAAUUCUCAAGACUAGAAGUGUUUGGAAUCGCUUUUAGUAUCAUGGGAGUAGCUCCAAGUAUCGCCGCUACUUUAACAUAUGCAAUGCCAUGUGGCGGUCCUUUAUCCAUGGUCUGGAGUUGGUUAGUAGCAAGCUUCUUCAUCGCUUUGACAGGUCUGGCAUUAGGUGAUCUCGCAAGCUCGAUGCCAACUAGUGGAGGCUUGUAUUUCUGGACGUUUUCACUUUGUCCAAAAUAUUGCAGAAGAUUGACAUGCUGGUUAGUAGGAUAUGCAAACACACUUUCAACAACUUCAGCCGUUGCAUCGAUCGAUUGGGGUUGUGCACAAAUGAUCUUAGCAGCUGCUUCUAUAACAACGGAUGGAGCAUUCAGUGCUUCAAAUUGGCAAGUCUUAUUAACGUAUUACGCUGUCCUACUUUGUCAUGCAUGCAUCACUUCCAUCGGUACAAGAGCAUUAGCACGAUUACAAACAUUCGCAAUCACUUUAAAUGCCGCUUUAGCCGCUGCAGUAAUCAUUUCUCUAUGUACGGCCACUCCUGGUGAGUAUCGUAAUUCGGCAAAAUACGCUUUAACGGGUUGGUACAACGUUUCCGGCUAUACUGGCGGUGGUGCUUUCCUUCUAAGUAUGCUAAUGGCAGCUUGGACGAUCGCAUCGUAUGAUUCUUGCGUGCAUAUAUCCGAAGAAGCAUCAAAUGCCGCAACGGCUGUUCCUUUAGGUAUUUUCGCCUCAAUCGUUUUAGCAGCUUUAAUUGGAAUGGGAAUCUUGAUCAGCAUCACUUUUAACAUGGGAACAAAUUUGGAUGCAAUCAUCAAUUCAUCCGUUGGUCAACCAAUGGCAACGAUCUUCCUCAAUUCGUUAGGAAAGGAGGGUUGUUUAGCCAUUUGGACGUUUGUCAUCAUUACACAAUUCUUCAUGGGUGCUUCUAUGUCACUUGCAAGCUCUAGACAAGUCUUUGCAUUUUCCCGUGACGGUGCUUUGCCAUUUUCUGGUUGGAUAUAUAAGAUUAACAACUACACUUUGACCCCGGUAAAUCCAGCAUGGUUCAGUACAUUAAUCUCUGCUUUACUCGGUCUAUUGGGUCUUAUCAAUGAAGCAGCCGUCUCGGCCAUCUUUGCUUUGAGCGUUAUUGGCGCAGCAAUUGCUUAUUUUAUCCCGAUUUUCCUUCGCUUAAUCGGCCCAAAAGAGAAUUUCAAGCCAGGUCCAUGGUAUUUGGGUGAUUUCUGGUCUCCCGUUAUAGGAUGGGUUUCUUGCGCUUAUUUGAUCUUUAUCUCCGUCAUUCUUUGCAUGCCUUCUGCUCUUCCCGCUGUAGCGGAAGAUAUGAAUUAUGCUUCGCUCGUAACGGGUGCAGUAUUCAUUUUUGCAUUGGUUUGGUAUUACAUUCCUCAUUAUGGCGGUUCAAACUGGUUUACAGGACCGAAAUCAAACAUUGACGAUGAUUCGAUUCCAAAUAUUAAUGAAAGAGAAGAAGGAGAAGUUCAUUCGGUUGGAUCAGAUAAAGAUCAAAUCAAACAGCAAACUCAAUUUGUUGAAGUACAAAAGUAUGAUACCAGAGAACUGGAAUGA